GAGUAGCGGAAGACAGAGCAGAAUAAAAUAUCGACCGAGAGGUGUAUGAUAUUUAUCAUGGAGAGAUGCAAAUCGUGCCAAGCCCUGCUGAUUAUGUACAAAAGUGAUGUAGUAGAGAAUUUUCAUAAACUAGCAUCUCAACUAGAAACUCUUUAUGUACCACCUUUUAAAGAGGGAUCUAAUAGUAGGCAAUGCUAUUUAUCAGAAGAUAUUUUGACAAAACUCUUUCCGGAUGAAUCCAAGAAGCCAUCACGUUGUAGUUUUUCUAAGCUUCCUGAUGAAAUAAUAAUGAUAAUAUUAAGAAAGUUAGACUUAAAGUCAUUAUGCCGCAUGAGCAGAGUGAAUAAACGUUUCAAUAAUUUAGCACAGGACCAUCAGCUUUAUACAAGUUUAGAUAUAGAUUGUUCGGCUAUUAAUGCAAAUAAGGCAUUGGAUUAUUUAGCACCUAGAUGUGAAUAUUUACGACGGUUGGAUUUUUCACCCUGUAUGAGUAAUUAUGUCCAGGAUUUUGAAAAAUUUCUUGUUAUUCGUGGUAGUCUUUUAACGCACUUACGGUUGAGUACCCCAAGUAUACUCUUUUGCUCAUCUAUCAACAAUAUUACUAUAAUGAAAAUUUCGAGAAUAUGCAAAAAUUUGAAAGAAUUAGAUCUACGUUAUUGUGACUUGGUACAAGACAAAGGAUUCUCAUAUCUUGAAAAUCUGGAGUUCCUGGAGUAUUUGAAUCUUACCAAUACAAACAUAGAAACUGAAACUCUUUGCAAGAUACUGCGAAGAAACAUACAGAUGCGUCACUUAUGUUUAGCAGGGACCACGUAUCGUUUGGAUGUAAAUAAAGUUAUAAUGGAAUUGAGAAAUUCUUGUCCAGAUUUGGAAAGUAUAGAUUUAUGGAAAAUGGACACUCUUACAUCGCAGAGUAUUGAUGCCCUUGCUGACUGCAAAAAUCUACGAAAAUUGAUUUGUUGGAGGACAGAUAUUGUCAAAGAUCAUGGUGAUAGUUUCUUUAGAUUGUUUUCCUCCUGUCAAUACCUGGAAAGAGUCUCUCUAGGCCUUGUUUCAAACCUCUCUGAACGUGAUCUAAGAGGACUGACAUUGUGUAAAAAUUUAAAAGAGUUAACUUUGACCAUACCCCUGUCAGUUGAGAUAAGUCACGAAAUUUUUGUAAAUUGUCCUAAAUUGGAGAUGAUUGGUCCUGACUAAUGUGACAUUGCCAAUUGCUUGAUUCUGCAGUGGCAACAAAAAUGCACACACAUAACCAUUAAAGCAUUAAAAAGGGAAUGCGAUUAACCGACUCGACCCGACUCUAGGAUGGGUCAACUCCGAUUACAAGUUUGAUUUGAGACUCGACAUCUGCAAAGUGUCAUGAUGGAAAGAGUUUUCUUUUAACUUUUAUCUAAAAUUGUUUAUGAGGUUUAUCUUAUUCAAUAAAUUGUGUGAGUCAAUAAAUACGUGGGUCGUUUGAUAAGUAAAUCUUUAUAAAAUGGUGUAACAUUUGAUAACAUAACACCUGAAAAUUAUUACUCUUUAAAAUCUUCCAGGCCAAAUGUCAGCUGGAAUUGAUGCGUUGUUCAUGUUCGAUAGUCAUUUAAAGCGAGUGAAAAAUUUAGCAGUUGCCAUGAACAAAAGGAAAAAAAAAUUAAUUCCGUGCAAAAUUACAGAAUUUGGCUUCGAAUUGACUCCUCAUCCAUUUAAUUUUGCAUAGAAUUUGUUUCCUUUUUUAUUUAUGGCAACUGCUUAAUUUCUUGCUCACUUUAAACUACCAAAUAUGAACAACGCGUCAAUUCUGGUUAAUAUUUAAGAGUUUGAAGAAUGAUAUUUCCCAGGUGUCACGUCAAAAAGAUUUA